CGCAAAAAUAGAUUGGCAGACGUCAUUCAUUUGGGAAAGUCCUUGAAUCACAAUUUCGUUGAGCCUUUUUUGCAUUAAAAGUGUUUUUGGAUAUUGGAAAUGUCUGCACGUAAAGAAAUCAACAAACAACUUUAUGAUGCUGUGAAGAGAAACGAAGUGGAGACAGUCACUUGUUUGGUUAGAAGGGGAGCAGACGUUAAUGCACGUGGUGGGACAUUGAAUUGGACUGUUCUGAUACAAGCUUGUUUGAAUGAUAACAAGGAAAUGGUUGAGCUGCUAUUAAGAAGUGGAUCAGACGUGAAUAAGACUAACGAUUGGGGAAAGACAGCUUUGAUGUGGGCAGCAAUCAUAGGAAAUGAAAAUAUUUUUGAUUUACUCAUCGAACAUCAUUCAGAUGUAUUGAAGAAGAGUAAAUCGGGAGUAACAGCUAUUCAUUAUGCUGCAUGGAACAAUCACGUGACCAUUAUACAAAAACUAUUGUCUCUUGGUGUGGCUGUUGAUAUCAAUGAUAAUGAUGGGUGUACACCACUGUGGCUUGCUACUCAUGGUGGUCAUGUUUCUUGUGUUGAAUUUCUUCUAAACCAUGGAGCAAGUCCUCACCAUCAAAGUCAGAAUGGAUCACCACUGGAUGUUGCUAAGCAACGUGGUCAUAUUGAUGUGGCACAGAUGAUGGAAGAAGCCAUAAGAUCAAAUGAUGACGAAGUGCGUGUGUGUGACGUUUACCAUAAAGAACAGAUGAUAAGUCAACUAAAACAACAGAAUGAGAAGUUGAAACAACAAUUAAGGCAAUCAGUGCAUGCAAGUGAAAUUAUAUUGAUGAGAAGGGAGAUGGAAAAGAAAGAGAAGGAAAUAGAGGGUCUGAUGUCCGCUCUUGCUACUGCUAGUAGAAUAGCAAAUGAGAGAAUCCAACAGUCAAAUGCAGCAGCUGGACACGAUGCUUCUUUGUCUCAAGUCUCUCUUCUUGCCUCCCAAUUAAGACAAACUGCCAGACUUGGUCAACGUGGAGGUUUUUUCCGAAGUUUCUCAGACGUUCCAGUCUUUGUUUUGCACGAGGUCAGUCAAUUGGCUGCUCAGAGACCAUCUGCAUUGGGUGACUAUUUGGGAGUUACCGAAGUAGACCUCAGCACGAUGCCAACCACUGACAUUCCAUCUGAAAAAGUUCGGAAUAUGAUCGUCUGCUGGAUUAACAAACAAGGUGAAGACGCAACACUGGACAAGUUGUUGCAGGUGAUGCAGUUUAUUGGACUGUUGGGUGCCCUCAAGUCGAGACUCGCUCAGACAGUGGAGGAUGUUUUGUGAAGGACGUGUUGAUAUUAAUUGUUUGUAAUGUAGCAUCUCUUGUGUGUAUGAUGUGAGUCAACCUUGUUUGGUUUUCUAUUAUUUUUAGAUAUAUAGUUAGUAUUAAAACUGUUUUUACCUAAUUAUCACGUAUUGCAAUACAUUAUGUUU